AUGAACGGAGCAGAUUUAUACCAAGUACACUUGCAACUUCAAAAGCUAAAGGAUAAAUUCGAAGAAGACUUUGGCGGUGUACCCAUCGUUGUUCUAUGCGGCGACUUCUAUCAGUUCGACCCAGUUCAGGGAACAUCAAUGCUAUACCCAGGGAGAGCGACCAGCAAGAAAACAUACGAAAAAACGGGCGACAUGUUCGAAAUGAAAAACAAAAACCAAAUGUUGGGUUACCAGCUUUGGGAAAAAUUCACUACAGUUGUCAUCCUAGAUCAACAGAUGAGGACAGCAGAUAGCGAAUUUGCUGGUCUUCUUACAAGGUUGAGACAUGGCGUUCAAAGAGAAGAAGACGCCGACACGUUGAACGCGAGGAUAGCAGAGUUGAACGAAAUUACACUGGACGUUGAUUGCAAGGCUGUCAGGGUAUAGUGGGUUAGGGUGGCUACAGGGGUCUAUACGAGUAUAUAAGAGGCGCGAAGCGCCCUCGUCAGGUUAGAAAGGCCAGGCGUUACUAAGUUCAAUACAAUUACUACUUGGUCUA